AUGGCCUUCUCCUCAUCCUCCUCAGAAGAUAACUUUGGCGCGGCCCGAACAUCUUUGCGAGACACAAAGUUUACUGGCAUCAACAGCCCCUCAGAAGCCUCGACUCGAGGGAAGGCUCCCGAAGGCCCUCAGUUCGACAUAAUUUCUUGGUAUCCAAAACAUCAAAGCUGUCUACGGUACUUCUUGGAUCAUGCCCAAUAUGAACCCCUUGUUCAAGCAUUUGCCGCAUUCAUUAAUAUAUUGCUGCCCUUUCAGAGGCAGCCACAUCCCGUCCUCGGCUCAGGCUCUUCUCGGAGUGGCAAGUCGAGGCAUGAUAAAGACCCAUCGAGGCCUUCAUCAUCAGAGAGAUCAUUAGCUGCCGCCUCCGCGGUGUCAUUAAUCCCUUACCUGCGCCGAUUAGUCGUGACUGGCAUGGAUGUUCCCCAGGUCUUACAUGGCUUUUUCGGUGAUGACUGGCGGGCGGGAAUCGGACCACAGCAAGAACAGGAACGACGAAAUUAUCUUUUCGCCGCCAAGAGCGGUGGGUGGGCAUCAGUGAAAAAGGACUACGACAUGCUUCCUUUGGAAACUGUGCCCUUCAUGCGACCCUUGAAUGACCCCUCGGAAGUUGAGAUCGAGGCGGCUGAACGCACUUGGUCUGAAUGGCUUGCAUUAGAGGACUGGAUGGUCGGGUCUCGAGCACCGGCGGCAGACUGA